CACUCCUUUAUCUCUCCCAACUACAAUAUAUCAUCAAAAUCUUAUUUAGCGUUUUCACAAUAUGGCUUCCAAGAAAAUGACGACUGUCUUGGCUCUCUACUUCACCUUCAACCUCGUCUUCCUAGGCUUCGCCUCGGCCAAGCCUGCGACGCCUCCCCAACAUCCGGUGUGUCCACUUACCCGGUCCGAACUCAACGUUUGCGUCAACAUACUUAGCCUCGUCACUGUUAUCCUCAACCCCCGAAAUGUGGCCGAGUGCUGCAACCUCUUGACUCGGGUUGGUGGUGCUGAGGCGGCUAAGUGUGCCUGUGACGCGGCUAAAAUCAGCGUUCUCGGCCUCCUUACCGUCAGAGUGAGACUCAAUCAGCUUCUCAGUCUCUGUCCUGCUGUACAAGUACCACUUGGUGGUCUCAUCUGCAACUAAUAAGUACACAACAUGCAUAAUCACUAAAAUAAGCAGACGCGUUCCGUAAUAUAUAUCGGUUCAUGGUGCAACUAUGUUUUUUUUUUUUAAAUAAAAUAACUAUGUAUUUAUCUUAUGUUUGAUAUAAAAUGGUGUUUCACCUGUUCGGUUGUUCCAGUGGACCAGUACUAUGUUCUUUAAGUAAGA